GGAAGUUUGGAGCCUCUACGCUGUGAUUGAACGUGUUGGUUGAAAAUCCGUGAUGUCUUGCAGUCUUGGCCGUGCGUUGACCCAUUAUUCCGGCCAGCCACAGGGAAAGUCUGCCCAUCAGUCUGCCCUUCCAUCGUGCAACGCCAAUUGGCCGACCAGGCGCCUAUCCGCAUCUCGGGAGGCUGUGUGCUUGGAACCGGCCGCUGCAACGGCCGCCAGCUCCAACCCCCGCAUGUAGAACAGCCAACGAGCGGGGAGUGAAGCAAACGGAUUCUGCAGCAUGCAUACACCUGCCCGAUAAGUGGACGUCACCCUCAUAACCCAAUCGCUGCCCGAGUUUGUUCUCAGCUUCUCUCUCGCUAAAUUGUUUUAUUCACCCUUUUUUCUGGAGAGAGAAGCCUUCUUGACAGUUUCUAUUCGCAUCUCAAGCUCUCACGAGGCGGCGUUGAGACCACAGUCAACAGUUAACAUGUCGACCGAGCCGGUGCCUUAUCCAGAGACACAUGAGCCGAAUACGAAGAAGAAACUACAAUCCGCGAUUCAGUUUGCCAUGGAUUGGAGGCCCGAGGGUCUCGCCGGACUCAUCAUGUGGCUGCCAGGCGAUGUAAAAGGCGACGCGUCUUACAACCAUCCGGUGGUCAUAUUAUCACCGAGCAUCUCUGCCAACAACACUGUCGAGAUAUUAGGGAUGACCAGUUUUGGUGGCAAAGACCUCACACAAAGAUUUACCACCUCCCGCAGAGGAAUGAAUAAGAGGGCUAGAUAUCUUCCCAUCGAGCCUACACCCCCUCACCCUGACACGCCAGAGAGGAAUGUAAUGCUCAAAGUUUUGCCUUACUCUCCGAGAACGCCUUCAUACGUGGACGGUUCAUUGAAAUCCAGAAAAUUCGUCCUCCUCUCGGAACUUGCGGAAUACUAUCAUUACGAUUUCACGUACUGCGUUUACCCAAGAUUUUACCUCGACAAAGACUCGUACCAAAAACUGGCCGCGUUUGUCGGCUUCUCAACUGUUGGGCUGCUUCACGCUCCUGCAGACCCAAAGCUACCUCUAGGGGAGCAACUCGCAGAGCAACUCGCAGAACAACUCGCAGAUACGGAUGGCCUUCAGAGUUCCUUCCUUCCAAAUCACGACGCCGACAUACCGCUUUCCACCAUGAACCAGCAAGCAGAACCAGCAACAGCACAAGCGCGAGAAGCGGACGAUGCUCCGGUCUUCACUCACAGCCAACCCACUGUAGAGGUACCCACAUCUCCUACACAUUCCGGUCCGCUCGACCUAUCCAAGCCUGUUCGGAACAAUAUCCGCCUCGUCCUGGCUUUCAUUGCACUCCUAGCCGCCGGCAGAGCUCUCGGUAGGACCACAGUUGGGAGGGAGGCUUUAAGGGAGGCUAUGAGGGGAGACAAGGCGAUGAUGCUCGUGGAUGCCUCAAAGAAGCUUGUGGUUGCGGUGAUGGGUGGUAGUCUUACAAGAAUGGCAUGGGCGGUGGUGACGCAUUCUGGAAGGAACUGAGGGCGUUAUGUCAUGACGGGUCUGAGUGAUUUUGCCGUUCGUCUAUAUGAGGAUCGGAAUCCUGGUGGUAGCACCAGGUGGUUCAAGUUUGAGCAGAUCUUGAUGCUGAUCUAGGAUUUAGCUUCCUGUCUUCGGAUUUUUGAGUGAAAUUGGGGCGCGUGGAGGUUGACCUAGGACUGGAUGGAUGUAGCAUGGGCAUUCUUCUCGCAUGUUUUUGAAGCAGACAGUGUUUGUCGUUUGUGAUCCGGUUUGUGACUCAAAACAUUACGCCCACAAUGGCGAGACUAUAUCAACUGCAGUGCCAGUCACUGCAGUCAAGAAAUGAAUGUGUUCAGUUGGCUGUUGGCAC